AUGGCCGCAACCUUCGAUUUGAAGCGGCUGAAUGCCGCUAUCGACACAACCCCGAUCAUCGACAAUCACGCUCAUCCAUUGCUAAAGCUCGAAUACAUGGGCAAACACCCACUUCUCUCCAUCGCUACUGAAGCCAAUGGGGAUGCGCUUGAUGACACCUGGUCCAGUCUUGCUCACGUCCGUGCCGUGAAGCAGCUGGCAGGCCUUCUGGGCUGCGAACAGACAUGGAAUGCGGUGGCAACCGCCAUAGACCUGAAACGGGCAGAAUCACCAGAUGCGUGGGUGCGACAGUGUCUCGAGGGGAUUGAGACCAUACUUGUUGACGACGGGCUAGACAUGCCGGAUCAAGUGGAGAACUACUCAUGGCACGACUCCUUCACCAAGAGCAAAUGCAAGCGCAUCGUCAGAGUCGAGGCAGUGGCGGAGGACAUAAUCGGCCGCCAUUGCAACACCGCCUCAAAUGCAGAAGGGGAAUCUCAUCUACAGGGUGUCUUGCAAGAGUUCAGAGAGGCAAUCGAGCGAUCCAUUGCGGACCCCGAAGUAGUCGGAUUCAAGUCCAUCAUCUGUUACCGAGGCGGUCUGGAUAUCAUCUCAAGAGAGGAUCUUGGUAUUGAUGGCUCAAAGGAAGCACUUAGAGCGAUCAUGAAAGCUCACUUGAGCGGAGAACGCCCGUUCCACCUGCACAAGAAGUUGCAGCAUACUCCCCUGAACCACCUCAUCGUUCAUAUGACAGCGCAAUUCAUCAGCGAGGAUCGUGCCGUCCACAAGAAGCCCAUCCAGUUCCACACGGGUCUUGGCGAUAACGACAUCACCCUGAUGAAGUCUUCACCAUCCCACCUACAGACCUUCAUUCGGCAGUACCCGACGGUACCCAUCGUGAUACUUCAUGCAAGUUACCCUUGGACCAGAGAAGCCGGUUAUCUUGCAGCAAUGUACAGCAACGUCUACGCUGAUAUUGGGGAGGUGUUCCCCUUCCUCAAUCGCCAGGGCCAAGAGGGCGUCGUGAGACAGAUACUCGAAUUGUGUCCUUGGUCCAAGAUUCUAUGGAGUACCGAUGGUCACUGGUUUCCAGAGACAUACGUACUAGCAACGGUGCAGGUUCGCUCUGUUCUCAAGAGCAUUAUGGGAGAGUUGGUGCAAACCCGACAAAUCGAUGAGAAACAAGCAGUCCAACUAGUCCAGGAUAUCCUGUUCACGAACUCCAAGAAGCUGUACGAUCUUCAUGUCGAAACUGUCCUGCCGACUUUUCCGCAGUUGGCCGCUACUCCAUGUACUGCCCUGCCACAAAAUACUGUUCUUGGGCGACUUCGUGCAUCAGGUGCCAAAUACCUGCGCAUCUAUUGGCACGACUACACGUCCAGCGCCAGAUGCAGAUUCAUCCAGAUGAAACAGGUCUACAAGACCAUGGAAAGCGGCAGGCCUAUGACACUCUCACUCGCAAGAUGUUGCUUCGGCCUGCUUCAAACAGACAAGAUGAUCCCUCAGGUCAAUGCGACUGGGAUGUACACCAUGCACCCAGACUGGUCGACUCUCAAACUCGGACCAGUCGCUGGUCAUAUCAGCUGCUAUGGCGAGUUCAGGGAGCUCGACGGCUCGGAAGCAACACUGUGUCCUCGGACGAUCCUUCGCAAGUCCAUCGAGAAAGCAGCCGCAAACAACCUGACAUUCUUACUUGGCUUCGAACUCGAGUUCGUCAUCCUGGAGCGCAACCCUGAUACGAGCAGCCCGGAUAGAUAUAAGCCUCUGAACAAUGAGGGACAAGCCUGGUCGAUGGCCAGGGUUCUAGCCGACUGGGGUAGUGAAGGCAGCUUCACUACGGCCAUUGACGAGGUAUUAGAUCGCCUCGAAAAAGCCGACAUCUCAAUCGAGCAGUUUCACCCAGAGAGCGGCACCGGGCAGUACGAGCUCGUGCUCGGAGCGCUGCCACCCAUGGAAGCCUGCGAUACCUUACUGCAUAUGCGCCAAAUCCUCGAGUCCGUCGCGGCUCGCCAUGGGUUCCGCAUGACGCUCCAUCCGAAACCCUUCGCCAAAACCGUCGGUUCCGCAUCUCAUUUGCACAUGUCCAUCUCGUCUCCGGGCGGCAACGAAGCAAAGGUCUACGAGUCGUUCUACGCCGGCAUCUUGAAGCACAUCCGGGCCAUCAUCGCAAUCACCUACAGCAACCCCACGAGCUAUGAGCGCAUGGUCGACAGUUUCUGGGCGGGCGGCCGGUGGGUGACGUGGGGGACGCAGAACAAAGAAGCCCCCUUGCGCAAGUGCGAGGACAGCCACUGGGAGCUGAAGGUGAUUGAUGGUCUGGCCAACCCCUAUUUCGUCGUCGCUGCCCUGCUCGCAGCUGGGACGGAUGGCGUCCUCAAUAAGACACCCAUGAUGUGGCGCGAUUGCGCUCACGAUCCGGCAAAGCUGAAUGAUGCGGAGCGGAAGGAACUUGGCAUAUCGACCAUGUUUCCCGCGGACUUGAAGGAAGCGCUGCAAGCUCUGAAGGACGAUGAGGAGCUCGGCCAGUUACUUCAUCCGGACUUCAUACAACGCUAUGUUGAUGUCAAGACCGCAGAACUUGGGCUCUUCGAUUCUAUGAGUGCUGAGGAUCGCCGGUCGUCGCUUGCAGCAACUGCGUCGCCACUGCUUCCCACGGUUAUAGACUGUAUCUUCGAGGACGUCACGCAGUAUGUCGUCGAAUUUCCCGCAAGCACGACUGUCAUCGAUGGCGUCGUUACGACAGCACCCCCUUGGACGACCCUGUUCUCCACUACGAUGGUCACCUCCACAUACGUAAAUAUGAGCGCCUGUCCUGCCGUAGUGCCCACUCCGAUCCCCGUCAUUUCCAGCUUCACUGGACUUCCUCCGUCGACAUCUGCUUGUACUAUUCCUACCAUAGUUGCCGGCAGCCAGCCUGGAACUACCAGCGGUGUUGUGACCUCAGUCGUAGGCUCAAUCCCUAUAUCCACCCUUAUUUCCACACCUGUUUCGAUCCCUACUUCGGUCCCUACUUCGACCUCUCCUGGCUCCGGAAAUGCUACGACUCCGUCGGCUGGUGGGUUCGUGACGAUUAUCCCUAUACCGGGCGCUGCUCCUACAACGGUUUCCUUGAUACCCGGUGAAGUUAGAAUUAUCUCCCUUCCAGCGGGUCUAUUAACGACGAUUUCUGCACCUGGGGGUGAAUCGCUGACAGCCGUACCGACCUUUUCGACAAGUUCGCAGCCUGCGACCAAGUCACCCCAAAGCUCGUCUACCCAGCAAAUGACGAGUAGUGAUGCCUCUUCCAACGAUACCAUGAUCAUUAUUCCUCCAGUCUCUCCCACCACGUCCCCAAAUGGAGAAUCGACAGUUAUUCCACCACCUGUGACGGGGACGAGCACGUCCUCGUCUACAGGUGGGAUCAUCAUCCUGCCUCCUGGUGGACUCGGCGGAGGUGGUGGUGGUGGAGGUGGUAACCCGACAGGCGGUCCUCCUCCCGUGACGUUGCCGUCGGAUUCGCCCUCUGGAACCAUUAGACCUUACCUCACGGGUAUUUCGCCAACGAUGAGUCCUUCUUCUGGGAUAAGCGAUACUAUAAUCACGUCGCCUGUCUCCCAGACGAGCCCUCUACCCACGGUUUCUGCUACGAUUAGUAACGGGACCAUCAUCAUCUUUCCUCCAGGUUGUGGAGGAGCUGGUGGUGGAGGAGCUGGUGGCGGCGGAGGUGGAGUUGUCCCAACCAUACCGCCAGAUCCUCCAGGCGGCGGAGGAGGUGGUGGUGGCGGGGGUGGAGUUGUCCCAACCAUACCUCCAGGUCCUCCAGGUGGCGGUGGUGGUGGCGGGGUUGUCCCAACGAUACCUCCAGGUCCUCCAGGUGGCGGUGGUGGUGGAGGUGGGAGUGGUGGAGGUAACCCUAAGACACCUCCAGGUGGUGAACCUACGACACCACCAAGUGGUAAAGAUCCCACCACAGCACCCGUCACAGGUCCCACAUCGCCUACAUUACCUAGCACAGCUCCCACGGGCUCCGCAACCUGUGAGCCCGUCGAUAUUACGACGACUGGCACUUCCACUUCGACGACAAGUACGACAUCAACACCAACGCCUCUCUGUACCGGCCUUUCAAAAUUCUCACGGCACAUGGUAACAGUUGAUGGGGUAGAAUACUACGUGCCCGCUACGGGCGACCCCCUUUAUAUCAUGCUCAACGAUGCCACUGGUACGGAAGUCAAGAUCGCACCCGACCAAGUCGUCAUCAGCGAUGCCGUGUUCACCGUCCCUACUGACCCUCUUCCCUCGCCUUCUGAGGUGACCCAGGGCAACUACAAGAUCAGUUUCCGGUCCAGACCUCUGCCUACGCCGUCCCUGCAACCGGCCAAUUCACCUGCUGGGCGCGAUUUUGCGCUUGGAGUUGCCAACGAUUAUAUCAAGUUCUCUGACUUGAUGACCGCGCCGGUUGCCCAACUGUUCUCUCUCGUAUUUGACUUGUUUGCGCGGUACGACGCACCGCCCGGCUACGACGUCUUUGACUUCCUCGGCUUCGAAGAUGAGGUUCUCGACGCCGUGCAAGCUGCUGCGGCCAAUCUGACCUCGAUGUUCGACGAAAAGCGUCAGGGGGCAUUCGAGGGUUUUCUGCACCAGAUCUCGCUCCUGGAUGGACCAGAGGACGAGGACCCAGACCCUACUGAUGGACCCGGUGACGGCGGCCGGAACUCAUGCGAGGGUCCAGAUUCUGGAGAUGCUGGUGGAGGCGACGAUAAUCAGCCUGACGACCAGCCUUCGGCCGCCAAGUACAUCGACACGGUCUACUCGGGCCAGCCGGGCAUCCAGAAUCUCUGCCAGAGGGCCCCGUGGAGAUCGGAGGGACUGCUGAACGUCGUUCGGUUCUUGGCUCGAGAGGACUGGACAUCCCGCCCGCAAUUGCUCACAUUUUUGAAGAACCACAAGUCAAGCUACAUGUCCAACCAGCCUCAGGGGGUCGAAGGUCUCACCAGCGGCGGAGGUGUCUUGAUCUCCGGAGCCACAGCAUUCCACGUAGUAUCGCGAGUGGACAUGUCCAACACCACUGAACUAUUCGGAAAUCGCAGCUGGUACGUCAAGACGGAUGGUACCAGGGCUCCGCUCUGGUAUUUCAAUUCGACGGUUGCAUUCAUGGACGCGGGUACUGGAUACACAAGCGGCACCGAUAUCAUCGACCAAGACGGCAUUGACCAGAGUACCGGGUAUGCCUACCUGAACGAAAUGGAUAUGGCCCAGGGUUAUCCUAUGGCGUACGCCUUGCAAAACUGGGACUAUCUGAAGCAAACACCCAGCCUUUGGUUCUGGGUCUACCUGCACCCGACCUAUGAAGAAGAGGCACCCCGACGAGCUCUCUACGGAGUAGAGCCUAUAUAUGACGACCCUCCAGAGCCCCGGACGCAGACGCGGAAGCGGUCCAGGCCUCUCGGGAAGUCAGCAAACACCACGGGUUUGAAGCAUCUCCAACGCCGAGCCCGAAUCGACGAGGACCUCCCACCCGCCUUUGAACACCAGCUACUGAUCUCAGCCAGGGAGAAAUACCCGAUGGACGUCCAGAUGUAUUCCCGAGAUGGUUCAGACGGCGCGGGCGUUACUAUAUUCGUCAUCGACUCUGGAUUUGAUUUGUCAGGCGGCAAUGCCCAAGAAUACCAGAUCCCAGAAAACGACUUCCUUGACCACCCGGACCAAUACUCCUACGUAGUUCCGAACAGGCUAACUCGGCUCUUUAACCGGAAUAAUCAAGCCAGCUGGCUGCGUGAAGAGAUCGGCGACUCCUGCACUUACAACGGUCAAUUCGUCGGACAUGGCACACAAGUGGGUGCUCUCGCCUUUGGCCGUAAGGUAGGGCUUGCGAAGAACGCGAUACCCUUCCUUGUGAAGGCCGUAAACGGAUAUGUCGACAGCGACGGGGUCGUCAAGGGCGCGUAUCUCUCUCCCGAUGCAAUGGAUGAUGCCCUCACGAAGAUCGAGCAAAUCAUAGUCAGGCGAGGCCUUCAGGGCAACGCCGUGAUUUCAUCAUCACUACACACCGAUUACUGGGCGACCCCCCAGGACUACGAGGUUAUCCGCGCGAUGUACGCGCGGCACCUGACCACGCUACGGGACUUGGGAGUAGUUUAUGUGCAAGCCGCCGGCAAUGAUGGGUACAACCCAGCACUUCCUGGUGCGAACGUCAACUAUAUCGGGUGGCGACUCCCCGGCGGGCUCGGUGAUCCCGUUGUAAAUGUAGACAUCUGGGCACAGGGCUACAGGGUCCCGACCGUCGGCCUGGGAGGAGCCGAAGCGACGGCGACCGGGACCAGCUUCGCGGCACCUCAAGUGGCCUGGCUCGCAGCCUAUUUGAUAAGGAUGAACCGGGACGCGUUCAGAUGGCAGCGGCGGGGAAGACAAGAUCAGGGGUACCUGAUGGUGCUGAAUAUCAGAAAUCUGCUUAUGGGCUGGCCAUACCGGCGCAUACCCAUGAGCCAGCAACUGAACCUGCCGGCUGGCCAGCAGUUACCCUAUCCCAUGCCACACGAUGUCAACGUCGCCUACAACGGCAUCCACGGCGUACAGCCAAGCUAUCCCGAGCCAGCGGCGCUCCCAGCAGGGGGGUCAGCAGGCCAAGCCCACGCCAGAAUCGACCCGAACGACGAGGGCUAUUUCUGCCCGAUCGAUCCCGUCGGCAGACCCACCGCCACCCUGACGGGGGCCACGACACUGGCGACGUCGACGGUGCCGGCGGCCUCGUCGACCACGCCCACGGCGUCGCCCGCCCCCACGACGUACUACAGCGGGCCCAACGUCCAGGGCUGCGCCAACGACGAGUGCAACCAGUGCGCCGACGGUUAUACGCAGGAGUGUUCUACCGCUUUUGAAGGGGUUCGGGUUCUGCUUUUGCAAGUGGAGUUCGGGCUGUACUGA